GGUGCGCCGCUAUAUAGGUACACUAAUGACAGUGACAGAUGGCACCAAUGGUUGUUUGUAGUUUCCUCGUAAUGUUUUGGUUUUGAACACCCAAUAUUUCUUGAUUUCAUUUAGAUUUCUAUCUAUAGAUAUUCUUCAAAAUAUUUCCCCUUUGAAGAUUUUUUAAAUCCGUCAACAGUUGCAGUUGUUAUAAACGUGUGAAACAUAAGUUCAUUUUCUCCUUCAUAACCUCCAUUUUUUCAUGAGAGAUUACGGUAUUUUCCUUUUUUUAAUUAUAAAGUCAUAUUUAUUAUACUAAUAUCUGUGUUUAGUGAUGGCGGACACAAGUGAAAAAGAGUUGAAGUCUUCCGAUCCGGAGGAUGUUCCGAGUGAUUUUUUCGAUGAUUUCAAUAAAGAAGAUUUCAUUGAAGGUCUCAGUGUUAUAGAUAGUUGGGAUGAUGAUGACAAGGUACAAAGCUCUCGCUUCAAUGAGUCGGCUCUGGACAGUGUUAAUGACAUUCGCGAGCUGAUUCCAGACGACGACCGCUCCAGAAAGAGGAAAGGUUCAAUUUCGAAUGACCGAAAAAAAGCCAGUAAGCAGAAAAUGGGUGAAUAUUAUGAAACUUUGAAGAAGAAAGUGAAAGAACUGUCAACUGAGUUUGAUCUCGACGAUGUGAUCAAACCUGGCAGUCGGCGAGACCCAAACAAAACAAUUGAAGCUAUAAAAAGAGAUAAGGAGGUUAAGGUUCGGGAGUAUUUGGGUAAAUGCCUGGAAGGAAACGACGAUCUGGUCCCACCCGGCACGGAAUUGGAACAUCUUGAGGAGAGAAAAAUUAUGAGCGGCAAAAAGAAAGAAAUAGAUAAACCUAAAGAUUCAAGAAUAAAGCGAGAAGUUUAUUCAAGACAAGACAAGACAAGGAGUCCCAAAAUUAAGACAUUACAUUCAAGUCCAUAUCACAGUGCAAGAAGCCCUAUACGAAGUCAUCGACACAGUCCACGUCGAAGCCCAAGGCGCAGCCCUAGAAGGAGCCCCCGCCGAUGCCCUUGGCGGAGUCCGCGGCGCAGUCCUAGACGAAGUCCGAAAAGAUCAAGUCCUUGGAGAUCUAGAAGAGCACACAGCCCCAGGUUUAGUCCGAGACGUAGCCCUGUUCAUCUUUACCGUUCGCGAUCACCAUUGCUGACCAAGGACCUCCGUUGGCGCUCACGUUCCAAAUCUCGCCAAAGUGAGAUUUAUCAGUACCCUACCACAUCCUAUCAUUCACAAGAUACAACAUUUGCAAUGCAAUAUCAAAAUAUGUAUAGUACCCCUGAUCCAAGGUACCAACAGCCAGCAUAUUACGGCGGCUACGGUCCCGGUUACGAGUACGGCACAGCCCCGGUGGAGGCGCCGCAGCCGGUGCCGCCGCCGCAGACGCCGGUGCCGGGGCCGCCCGCGAGCGCCCCGCCCGCCGCGCCGGCGCCGGCGCCCGUCCCGCCGGUUCCGGUUCCGGAUCCGGCUCCCGCACCUCUCUCCACACACACUCAAAUUCAACCUUCGCCAUAUCAGGCAUUGGCACAACUGGUGGCUGAUGGGAAACUUUCCAAAGAAGAUUUCCUGAAGCUAGCCCCUAAAGGUUCAACAAAACCUAUGGACAACAAUGCUAGAGUUAUAGUAUUGUGUCGUUGCAAUCAGGCUUAUAAACGGUUGACAGACAAACAAGUGUUACCAAACCGUCUGAUUAUGCUAAAUGAUUUGAGGAACGCCCAGGAACCCAAGUGUUUAGCUCCCAAGUUCUGCUCGCCGCUGAAGAGACAGGCCGCUAUCGAAUUCCACUUCACGAAGGCCGCCGGCUCGUCGGCGCCGCCCAACAAGCAGGUCAUCGACUCGGUGAUCGCCGCCAUCGGGCUCGACAAGAUCGUCGCCAAGCCGAGGAAGACGGCGGCGCAGAGGAACAUGAAGGACGCCUCCGUUCAAACGACCAAGAUGUGCUGCGACGCGUGCGAGAUCCGCGCCUCGACGAAGUUCGUCGCGGCCAGCACGGCCACCGACCCGGAAUACUUCUCCGUGUCGACGCACACCCAAGUCGUCGAGCAAGACUUGAUCAGCUCUAAAGUGGUGUUCAACCCGAGCGGGAGCGUCGGGGACCCCGCGCCGAUAUCCAUCGCUCACCUGACGCCCGCGCAGUUGGUGUCGCAGCUGGCGGCGCGCGCCAAGACGCUGAAGCAGAGCGACCCGCCGCCGCACCAGUUCAACCGCCGGAACCCGCCUUACAACUACGACUACGAAGGCGGCCAGCAGUAUCACAACAACUAUUCCAAUUAUAGAUAUUAGAUUAAUUAGCUAAGGUUUGUACGAUAUCCUCAUAGGUGUAAGAUUUUUUUUGUGGCAACCAUAACUCGCCAUGGCCGAGGUUUUGGGUUGAGUUAAUCAAACCACUGGUUGUCUGGAAAAAAAUCGAGAAUAAGACCGCCCAUUGUACUCGCAUCUAGUUAUUAGCUAUUUCCACAACAUUGUUCUUUUUUGUGUGCAAUAAAGAGUUAUUCAUUCAUUCAUGAAUGGAUUGUGUAUUUGAAUGUUUCAGUUCAUAAAUAAUAGACAUUGUAAUACCAUUGCAUGAAAACUAUAUGAAAAAUAAGGUUUUAUGUGACAUUUAUAAUAUUGGUUUGGUGUUUAGCAUUGGGUGGUGUAUAUUUAUAAUUAUGGUUUUAUAUGAGAGCCUACAAAUCAGUAAAUAUGCUAUGCCAAGAUUUGUUUAAUUAAGAAUUGUUCUUAUUAUUUUUUGUACUCCCGUCACCAUAUUUGAUAUAGUCCGCAGUGUUUACGUACUGCUUUGAGGCAGUUGUCGCUGUGCUAAGAUUCAGAGGAAGCAGUUUGUAUGCCACUAGCACCUGGUAGCACAACAAGGCCAGACACUGUUGUAGUGGUAUCAGCCGAGUAUUGCAAGCGGGCGAGAGUUCUACGAGCGUGACAGUGGCAGACAUUCGUGGUCUGGCGGAAGAACAAACAAUGGUAAAGAACUAAAUAAAAUUAAAACCCUUGUAAAAUUUGCUUAAUUAGAUAGCAUAGAAAGAAUAAACUAUGUGAAUUUUGCAUCUUGAUAUUUCCAUUGUGUAAAUAAGUCCUUUGUAGAUUUUAAAUGUAUCUAGUAGGAAAUAUUUUACAGUUUCUCACAUUGAAGGUGAUUAUUUGUAAUUAACAUGCGCAAACGCGAUCGCCUUAGAAGACUGAUGACGUCUGCCGCAGCACUGAUCCUGGAGAAGACUAGAACCUAUGCGAUAAUUGUGUCCAUCAAAAGUGCCGAUCGAAGAUCACAGAAACGUUCCCUAAGGAUCAAUUUAAAAGGUAGAUAAUACUUAUGACUGUUGAAAUAGCGCCAUGCGUGUUUUCGCUAAGGAAUUAUACUAAACGCGAUUUCAGCAGUGAACGUGUCAAAUGAAGACAAGUAAUAUCUUCCUUUUUAAUGAUUUGAUCAUUUAAGGAGCUCAUGUCCGUGAAGACAUCGAAGAAAACCCGGAAAGGUGUAUCUGCAGCUCAGGAGGCCGUCGUCAUAAGAGUGUCUAGUUGUAAAUGGCUCUAAGAUUUCUCUGCCGGAUAAAAUCCUACGCUGUUGCUUUAUUCGACUAUUAACCUUUGAAACAGAACGAGGUAAAUUAACUUCACUGGUUCUUUUCAACAUAUAUCACUGUUGACAUGUUUUGGUAGGAAUGAAAAGCAGUUUCGCGAUCUCUUAAAUAUUGUAUAACAGACUAAUUAUUUUACUAUAUAAAACUGUUGAUUCUUUGCAGCCUUCCAAAUGGCAGACCUGUUGAAGGUAUGGUAGGUGCUACGAGGAACAAUGUUUUAUAUUGCUUUUCCCAAAGCUGUGAACAGGUUCUGACGAGGAACUUAAAAAACUGCUUAAGUUGAAGAAACAUGAUGCUUCCGAAAGCGGCUCUGACCGCGAAAACGCCCUCUUUUCAGUCUGCUUCUACGAUCUAUGAGAGAUCGAGAAUCAAAUUUUGAAUUGGUAUAACUUUGAAAUAAAAAUCUUUGAUACAAAUGUGUAACAGAAACUGUAUUAAAAAUCUUGUACAUAUAUAUAACAAAACUUAUUAUAAACAUUGUAGGUGCCGUAACUUUUAAUGAAUAAAUUGCUUUUAAAUGGGAAUUUUGUUUUAUUUCUCACCAUACAUCAACCGUCUAGAAAGUCGUCCAACCAUUUUUCGAGGUCCUCUGGAGAUUCAAUCGCCGGUUUUUUCGAUUCAUCUGAUUUUGAUGUGGCGUUGAUUUCUUUUACUGUAAAAAAUUAAAAGCGUUGGUUGAGCUGAAUUAAGUGAUUUAGUACACAUUCGCCGCAACCUUUUGUCAUUGCAGACAAAAUGCUUGCGAUGGGCAAGUUUUGCGGAAGCCUAUAUGCUAUCUGUAGGGCACAAUGUCUGGCCAUUCUGGAUUGGGCUUUGUUGACAUUGGUAGAAAUGAUAUGCAAGGCAAUGGACUAUAAAAUUGAUGCCAUAGACCAGACAAAGUGGAGAGAAAAAUGUUAGAAAGCAGCUCCUGGCUGGAACCGCGGAAAGAUAAAAUGAAAAGGUUGCGGUUGCAUUGCGGUUAUAACAUAAAAGGGCUUUUGCAAAGGUAUUUGAAUAUAUCUACGAUUUAUAUUAUAUCUGACACUUGUGGGAGUUCAAGGCAGACCGUUUUUAAUUUACUGAGUGAAUUGCUUUGUAUGACAAAAUCAUGUUCAUACAUACCUUUUUCUGUGGAACCAACAGAUUCUUCAGUGUUUAGAAUGUUAUUACUAGAAGCAGUCUUCUCUUCAGUCAGAAUCGACGGGCCACCAACUUCAUCGUCCAGUAAGAGAUCAUCAAUUUCAUCUAUUACUUCUCUGACUUCCUGUGUUUGACUAAUAUUUACGACAUUUAUGAUUUCAUUACUACUCAUAUUUUCAAUUUUUUCAUUUCCUAUGGAUAAUUUAAUUUGCUCAUUGUUUUUUACAGAAAGAGCUCCAGGGGUUUCUUCAGCUUUAUUGUCUGGUUCUUCUAUAAAGUGGACAUUUCCAUUAUUUGUGUCAGCCUUUUCAGUUGCACUAAAUGCCUCUUUGAAAUUGUUAAGUAUUUUAUCUUUCGCCUCUAAUUCUGGGGUUGUGUACGAUUUAUCAUUAAAAUAUUUCUGUUUAUA